AUGGUUUCAGAAUAUCUAAAACCUGGAAAUGAAUUCUCAGAGGUUGUCAAAGGAGAAAAUAUUCCUAUUAAACCUAAAAGCUAUGUUGAUGUUACAAAAUCAGCAAUCUCAGAAACUGAAAAUCCUGACAUAAAAAUAAAUUCAGAAUAUUCUGCAUCUGGUGUCUCUUCGAUACCUUUUGAAUUUUUAGGAAUUGGGCAACCUACUCGAAAACCACUUUGGUCAAAACGAACAAGUACUGGUUAUUUUAGUCGUCGUUCAACUGAUACACCAACUACAACACGAACCCAAAAAACAUUCAGAACCCAGUAUGUGAUCUCCCAACCAACAGAACCGAUAGAGCCUUAUACUGUUAGUGCAGUUACAAAUGAACCACUAACUUUGGAACUAGUUCAACCUAACAAAAAAACAUUCAAUGUGAUAACACCACAGAAUAAGCCCGAUCAUAUCUUAAAUACAAGCAACGUGCCAAGAUCAGUAUGGACUGUAGCAACUACUGAACUUCCUGAAUCGACUACGUACAUAGAACUUGAUACAUCAGAAUCGUCUACUCAAGCUGAUGUUGUGUCAAAUGAAAAAGUCAAAGUCAAAUCAUCUUAUACUGUAAAUCAGUUAUAUGGUUAUACUUGCAGAAAUGUAAAUGAGUAUUAUUCAGUAGCAAAUCAAUGUAACGGAUAUGUUGAAUGCGAGAACAAUGUAGCGCACUGGCACGUAUGUCCUGAAGGCCUUCAUUUUGAUUCAAAGAGGAAAUGGCCCGCAUUUCCCUGCGCGUACCCUUUUGAAGUUCAAUGUCAAAGCCAAACCAUUACAUCUAUAAGUUAUGUUGAUGAUUUACCCAAGGGAUCGGAAAUUAUAAACGAACCUGAAGCUAAAUCUGUAGAAGUAGAAACCGUAAAACCGGAACAAACAAUAUAUGACUAUUCCGAUUACUCUACUCCAGCCCCAGAACAACCUACUCGGAAACCACUUUGGUCUAGACAGACUAUUGAAAUUUCAUCUGAUAUACCAACGACAGUAACUCAAAAAUCAUACGAACCCCCAUUUCCAUCAUAUAUGAGAACAACAUAUGCUAUUUUUAACCCACAAGAAACGAUGGAGUCUUAUACAAAUAAUGUAAUAUAUGAACCAGCAACAUCGGAAUCGGCAACGUCAGCAUCUUAUGAAAAUCUACUUGAUGACAUAUCUACAACUUAUAUGGAAAUGGAAACUGAAACUCCAGAACCAUCUACUCUACCUAAUGAAAGCAAAGAUGAUGUGUCGAAUGAAACUCCAGCGGUUGUCUCAGUUACAUACAUUCCUCCACAAACUAUACCUGAUAUCUCAAUACCGAAUAUGAUAUCGCCUUCAUUUACUUCUCGUCCAGAAAUAACUGUCACAAAUCAAGAGCCUACUUCCGAACCAAAUUUGAAUGAGCUACCUGCUCAAACAACUACACAAAACAACCAACCAAUAAAUUCAAGACCUACUUGGAGCUUUCCUAGUAGGCCUUCAUAUGCUGCCCUCGCCCCAACCUCUACAACGACGACAACGAUAAAACCGAUAACGCAUUCUAUUAUAGAUUUCACAACGAGGCCAACAGUUUCACAAAAACCUCUCUAUUAUUAUUCUGUAAAUCUGUUAAAUGAUUAUACAUGCAGAGACGUAAAUGGAUAUUACUCAGUUGAAAAUCAAUGUGACGAAUAUAUCGCAUGCGAGAACAAUAAAGCAUACCGGAACUUAUGUCCUGACGGGCUUUAUUUUAAUCCAAAAGCGAAAUGGCCAGCCUAUCCCUGCGCGUACCCCUCUGAAGUAAAAUGUCCCAGCCAAUCCUUUAUACAUCAAGCACAACCUACUGACCAGUGCUAUCAUCGUUAUGGAAUUUUCCCAACAUCUAACGGCGACUGUGGACAUUUUAUUAUGUGCCAAGAAGGAUUAGCUACGUUAAUGUCAUGUCCGUCUGGUCUUGCCUUUAAUCCGAUAACGAGUACUUGCGAUUGGCCAGUAAAUGUACCAGAUUGCAACCUUGACGUUUUUCAAGAUUUUACCUGCCCAUCUAAUGAUUAUGCUCUGAUAUCUCACUUCAUAUCCUAUUACAAGUAUGAAAAUAGCUGCAAGCAGUACAUUAUAUGCCAAGAAGGACGUCCCCGUCUCCUAAGUUGUGAUGCAGUGGCACCACACAAUGUACCACAACGUGGCUUGGUAUUGACAAAAGUACCUAUUCAAGGAUCUGCUAUUAAUGACAAUAUAAGACGCGUCUCAAAUGAGAAUGCUACAAAAACUAGUAGUAAUAAUAAUAAUGUUUCAAAUACUAUCGUACCAGAAAACAACCUAACCUCGUCUGUUAGUUAUUUGAAAUUUACCGAAAGUCCACAAGUUGUUGAUGUAACUUUAAGGAAAAAAGCAGAAUUUGUAACAAAAAAAUAUGACAUAACGAUAGUGUACCCCGAAAACUAUGUAAAAAGUUCUUCUUCAGUGAUAUUAGAGCUGCCCGAUAUUACCACUUUAACUCCAAUGGACUUUCACUUAAAUAAAUCUGUUGAAUCCACUGAAAGACGAGAGGCUCUAUCGGCGACAAAUAAUCCCACCACAGAUAAAAAUUCAGCACCUUUUGAUUUAUCUGCUUCUUCUUUAUAUGAGCAACCCCAAAAUGAAUCAUUCAGAAUCAUUCAUCAAUCAGAAUCACUUACGAGCCAAACUGAUAAAAUUAAAGUUGGCGUAUCAAAUAAAACGUUGCCCGAGGACUCAAUACCAACAUAUCCUGAUAAUAACUUAAAACCAAUACAAAAACAGUACAGCGAUGAGUGCCCUCGUAGUUAUGGGUUCUUCCCAGCACCUAAAGACGACUGCGGACACUUCAUAAUGUGCCAGGAAGGUUCAGCUAUUACGAUGUCCUGUCCGCCUGGCCUCGCUUUUAACUCGAUAAGAAGCACCUGCGAUUGGCCAGUAAAUGUACCAGGUUGCAAUCCUACUAUAUUCCAAGAUAUCAUAUGCCCUGAGGUGCCAUUGGAUACAAUCGAAGAUUCUUCCCAUCUCAUUUACAAUUACAGAUACAAAAAUAGCUGUAAGAAGUACAUUGCAUGCCAAGAAGGAAGUCCUCGUCUUCUCAGUUGUGAUGCCGGUCUUUCCUUUGAUGAAAAUACACACAAAUGUGUAAACUCAAGUCUCAUUACUAAUUGUAUCUAA